UUAUGUUGCCUUUCUAUUGUUCAUAAUUGGAGUUAACAGAGGCGGCAUAGCGUUAUUGUGCGCGUUUUAUGAAUUUGAAGAAGAAUAAGAGAAGGUUUUAUGAAGACAAGAACUGGUCCAUAACCAGCGACUGUCAUAGAAACGGACACGUGGGAUUUCACUCAGGGUUCGAUCUUUCAUUCGAUCGGAAAAUAUGAUGGACGACGAACAACCCAAGACUUUGUAUGUCGGAAACCUGUCCCGCGAUGUGACCGAGGCGCUAAUCAUGCAGCUCUUCGGUCAGAUAGGACCAUGCAAGAGCUGCAAAAUGAUUGUAGAUACGUCAGGUAAUGACCCGUACUGCUUUGUGGAAUUCUACGAGCAUAGGCACGCGGCCGCCUCUCUGGCCGCCAUGAAUGGACGUAAAAUAAUGGGUAAGGAGGUGAAAGUCAACUGGGCCACCACACCUAGCAGCCAGAAGAAAGACACAAGCAACCACUUCCACGUCUUUGUGGGAGACCUCAGCCCAGAAAUCACCACCGACGACAUCAAAGCCGCCUUUGCACCCUUUGGGAGGAUAUCUGAUGCGCGCGUGGUGAAGGACAUGGCCACAGGGAAGUCCAAGGGCUACGGCUUUGUGUCCUUCUUCAACAAAUGGGAUGCAGAGAAUGCCAUUCAGCAGAUGGGAGGCCAGUGGCUGGGUGGACGACAGAUCAGAACCAACUGGGCCACGAGAAAGCCGCCAGCACCCAAAGCCACCUACGAGACGAAUACCAAACACUUGUCAUUUGAGGAGGUGGUGAACCAGUCGAGUCCCAGUAACUGCACAGUCUACUGUGGUGGUGUUACCACUGGCCUGACAGAACAAUUAAUGAGACAGACAUUCUCACCUUUUGGCCAAAUAAUGGAAAUCCGUGUCUUUCCAGACAAAGGCUACUCUUUUGUGAGGUUUAAUUCACACGAGGGUGCCGCCCACGCCAUCGUCUCCGUCAACGGCACCUCCAUAGAGGGCCAUGUAGUCAAGUGCUAUUGGGGAAAAGAGACAACGGAGAUGGUUAGCCCCAUGCAGCCGGUACAGAUUCCCCAGCAGAGCAAGCUAGGCUUCGCUGCCCAGCCCUACGGAGGUCAGUGGGGGGGCCAGUGGUACGGCAACACCCAGCAGAUCGGCCAGUACGUGCCCAACGGCUGGCAGGUACCGGCGGCCGCCGCCUAUGGCAUCUACGGCCAGGCCUGGAACCAGCAGGGCUUCAAUCAUUUACAGGCGGCGGGUGCUGGCUGGACGGGCGUGGGAGCCAUCAGCAACGGGGGCAUGGUAGAGCCUGCCCAGGGGGUGAACGGAACCAUGCUGGCCAACCAGUCCGGCAUGGGCACGGCCGGCUACCACACACACUGAUUUGGACUGACGCAAACUUGAGUGAUCUGGGGGCUGGGGGAGGUGGGGUAUAAAUAACGGGAGGGGGAAGACGACGAAUGGAGAGCUGGUGUCUACAUCUUCUUCAGACAAGACACCUGUACUGUGGCCUGGGAGAAAAAGGGUUAGGGUGGGAGCCUCUGCCAUGUGGGGAGGGGGUGAUCAAUAUGAGGACCUUUGCCCCCCCACCCCCCACCCCUUCCACCCUUGGGGCUGGCUGUCCAGUCAUCCAGGCGUCCAUGUUUUGGGGGAGCUGCGUGGUGCCAUUUGACUGUUUCCCCCCCACAACACCUUCCACCUGUAAUAUUGUUUCCAUGUCAAUGAGGGCGGACGAUUCAAAUCAAGGUUCCCCCAUUUUUUUGGCAGUGGCUGGGCUGGGCUGGGGAGGGGUGGUGGGGGGGGUCCCAAAGUUGUCCAGCCAUGCGGGAUUUAAACAUACACUCACUACACGCACACACAUGCGAACAUGCACACACACACACUUUUUGAAUUCACACGUAUUACCCAGACACAUGUAUGUAUACUGAUGGGCACACACAUACACUUGCAGUCUUCGGCCUGGAGUCCGACUGACUAAAUCAGAAUGGACUAUGCCAUUUUUAAUUCAAACAAACAUGCUUAAAAAAAAUGAGAAAAAAAACAGUAAAGACGCAUUACACAGCCGCAAUUUUUUCUUUUUCCAUUUCGCUUUUUGUGUUUCGAGCAUUUUCACGACUGCUGACCUGACCUGGUGUGAAUGGAGCUUUUUGCCUCUUCUUUUUUUCUGUCAUUCACUUUGGGACUCUCGUUUUUACCGGCCGUUCUCAUGAAAGGGCGCUGAAGUCACAGAAUCAUGUGAAUCAAUGAGCCUAUUGGUUUUUUUAUGUUUGUAAAAAACUGAAUAAAAUGGAUGUCAACUGUUGUAUUUUUUAAAUUAGAUAUUCAAUUUCUCAACAAAAACAAAUUGCAGGGAUUACUGCCAUUCUUCUUUCUUUGACGGCAGACAAAUGUUGCACAAUAACUUACUCUUGGUUACCUUUUCACUGAGAAAGAAAAUGUUACACAAAUUCUAGGUAUUUUUAAAUUGUUUUUUUGCAUUCCACUUUUUUUUUCUUUCGACAUUUUUUUCCAGUCAUGGAGGGCUUAUAAAUAUACUGUUUUUGUAUGUAAAUAACCAAACCAACGUUUGUUCAAUUGUUCUGAUGCUGUAUAAAGAAAACUCAGAUGUUAAAUAUGGAAGCAGCUUUUGUUUUUUUGUUUUUAUUUGGUGGGGUCGGGGUCAUGGAUCUUGGAGGUUUGAUUUGUGUAAAUGAAUGCCUGGCGGUAGUGCCACUGUUGAAUGUGGUCUUUGCUGACAUAGAAACAGUGCAACAUGUGAAUCUUCCAGGAGGUUUUUUAGCCUUUUUUGUUUAGUUUGUUUUUUGUUUUCCAGGGGAUUGGGAGGGGUUUUCGUGACAGCAUUGCCAUGCAGUGCAAAAAGACUCAAACUGAAAAAUGUAGAAUUACAAUAAUUCUGUGUAUAAGUCAACGAAACGUUUUGUGUGUUUGUUUUUUAAAAAUGUAGUUAUCUGUAUGAGGAGGAGGAAGGCCUGGACGGAUCGAUGUUUUGCACUGUUUCCCCCUCCAGGUGUCAUUUUAAAACUAGACUUGGAUGAGACCCAUCGUGUUGCCUUAUUUUGAGUUGAUUCCAUUUUAACCAACCGAGUAUCAUGAGAAUAGGCAGUGCCUAAGGAUAUUUUCAGACCUUAUGAUUUUUUUUUUUUUGGAAUAAUGUUGAUGCUACUAUCAUGUGUUCUUGCUUUGUCCCAUUAAAUGCUGAUGCGUACCAACACA